AUGGCCAAGCUCAGCAGAAAUCAGCCCAUACCAUGCAGAAGAAAAGGAAUAACAACAAACGGUCUAAACAGGACUGAAGUUACAGAAUUUGUCCUGAUGGGAUUUUCAGACUCCUUGAAGGUUCAGAUCUUACAUACUGUUCUUUUCUUAUUUGUUUACCUGGCAGCUCUCAUGGUGAAUCUUUUAACCAUGCUUACUGCUCUGGAUGGCCACCUCCAAACACCGGUGUAUUUCUUUUUGAGAAACUUAUCUUUCUUAGAUAUUUGCUACAUCUCUGUCACAGUUCCCAAAUCCAUUGUCAAUUCCUUAACCCAUAAAACCUCUAUUUCUUUCUUUGGGUGUUCUGUACAAGUCUUCUUUUUCAUUGACUUGGCAUCUACUGAGAUAGCCAUCCUUACGGUGAUGUCCCAUGAUCGCUACAUGGCCAUCUGCCAGCCCUUACACUAUGAGGUCAUCAUGAACCGAGGCGCCUGUGUGAGGAUGAUGGUCAUGUCAUGGCUCAGUGGGAUGAUAUGUGGGUUCAUGCAUGUGGCAACAACAUUCUCAUUACCCUUCUGUGGGUCCAAUGUAGUACAUAAAUUUUUCUGUGAUAUCCCACAGCUCUUGAGCCUCUUAGAUUCCAAAGUAAUCAUUAUUGAAAUUAGAGUCAUGGUUUUUAUUACAAGUCUCGUAAUAGUCUGUUUUGUUUCCAUUGCUUUCUCGUAUGUGUCUAUUUUUUCUACCAUCCCGAGGAUUCCAUCCAAGGAGGGUAGAUCAAAAACAUUUUCUACCUGCAUUCCACAUCUUUUGGUUUUAACACUCUUUAUGAUAUCUGGUAGCAUUGCGUAUGUCAAGCCAAUUUCAAAUUUUCCCUCAGUGUUAGAUCUUCUCCUGUCUGUGUUUUACACAGUCAUACCCACCACCCUGAAUCCUAUCAUCUACAGUCUGAGGAAUAAGGACAUGAAGGUAGCCCUGAGAAGGCAAUGUGGUAUGCUUCAUGGGUAUUUUGACUAGAGACCACUCAGAACUCUGGAACUCUUUUCUAAAUAAUGUGUUAGCUUAAUAAGCUUAGAUUUUUCAAUUGAUUGCUGUACUUUGUCUUGGUUCUUUCCUGAAAUGCCACUGUCCUCUAGGGAUUGUCUCCAUGUUGUUGUUGCCAGUUGCCGUCUAGUUGGCUCUGAUUCAUGGUGACCUUAUGUUUAAUAGAACUAAAUAUUGUCCAGUCCUGUGCCAUUCUCAUGAUCAUUGGU